AGCGGGCGGUUGGAAAUGACAUCGAAUACAUAUAUGUGUGUAUUGAUAGUACUGGUAUAGAGGUUUGUCUCAUUCUAUCAGUACUUUCAUUCUGUGACAGCUGUGAACGAGUACUACUUUCUCACUGAAGUCGUGUUUCGUGCGGUAUUAUUAUCUAAUACCGACCCCGACUACUGAUAUGGCGAGGUGACAGAAGAUUAGGAUACUUUCCUUGGUCAGUACAGCCAUUCACCAAUCAGGAGCUAAAUAGAGAUUUUCUGUGUUUAGACUUUCUUCCAUAUGACGUGAUUAAGUUCAAAAAUCUUAAUUUCUCUUUUCGAAUUUCGAUCCUGUGUGGAGAUUCGUGUAUUAUGAGAGAAGGAAUUAUACUUUCUUCUGUCUAUUUGUUCGUCCUUUAUGUCUACAAUGUCAACGCUGAAAGUCAUUAUCUGAAUGAAUGGGCUGUGAAAGUUACAGGAGGGCGUGAUGAAGUUCAGCGAGUCGCCAGACAUCAUGGAUACGAAGUAGUGAAAGAGCUCAAGCCUUUUAAUGAUCAUUACCUCUUAACACAUGCGGAAGUACCCAGUCGUUCAAAGCGUAGCGCUGAUCACCACACAUGGCGUCUCCAAACGGACAACCGCGUACACUGGGCUGAACAACAGGUUUCCAAAACUAGAAGCAAACGUGGCAUCAUUGAAGAGCGAGCUAGAGAGGAAAGGCAGUAUAUUCAUAUGGAAUUCAAUGAUCCUCUGUGGGCGAAACAGUGGUACAUAAAAGAUAAAGUCCAUGACCUUACAAAGCAAAAGUUUGACCUUCAUGUCAUCCCAGUCUGGAACCAAGGCAUCACUGGGAAGGGAAUUGUCAUCACGGUUCUAGACGAUGGUAUUGAGCACAAUCAUACAGACCUAGCACAAAAUUAUGAUCCUAUGGCGAGUACGGAUUUGAAUGGUAAUGACCGUGAUCCCCAACCACGAUACGACGAUACUAACGAAAACAAACAUGGCACCCGAUGUGCUGGCGAGAUCGCCAUGGUGGCUAACAAUAGCCUGUGUGGUGUCGGUGUGGCCUAUAACGCCAGGAUCGGAGGCGUACGAAUGUUGGAUGGAAGAGUAACAGACAGUCUGGAGGGAGAAGCUAUUGCCUUUAACCAUAAAUAUAUAGAUAUAUACAGUGCGUCUUGGGGACCAAACGAUGACGGAGCAACAGUGGAAGGGCCAGGAUUAAUGGCACAGAGGGCAUUCGAACUUGGUAUCAAAGAGGGUCGUAAUGGAAAAGGCGCCAUCUAUGUUUGGGCUUCCGGUAAUGGUGGUCGUUUAGGUGACAACUGCGACUGUGACGGUUAUACCGGAAGUAUAUACUCGCUCUCCAUCAGCAGUGCAUCGCAGCACCAAACGACCCCUUGGUAUGCCGAGAAAUGUGCUUCCACUAUGGCAACUACAUAUUCCAGUGGGGAAUAUGGUGAUGAACGUGUGGCGAGUGCAGACUUACAUGGAGGCUGUACAGUACAACAUACGGGUACUUCUGCAGCCGCUCCAUUGGCAGCCGGUAUCUUCGCUCUUGUUCUGGAGGCAAAUCCAGACUUGACAUGGAGAGACAUGCAGCACCUAGUAGCAUGGACAUCGGAAUACUCCCCACUCCAGCAUAACGCUGGGUGGAAGAGAAAUGGUGCUGGAUACUGGGUCAACAACGCUUUUGGGUUUGGACUGUUAAACGCCGCUAGUUUGGUGCAGGAAGCUAAUCCACGAACAUGGAUCUCAGUUCCGGAAAAAUACAUCUGUACAGUACAUUCGGAUUCCAACUCAAACUUACCUCAGCCACUUUCCAGCGGCUACAAAUUAGAUAUCGACAUGACUACCAGCGGAUGUAGAGGACAGGCUAAUGAGAUAAGAUACCUGGAACAUAUUCAGCUGCGGACCACCAUGGACUAUUCCAAACGUGGAGCUCUCCAUAUCAGUCUAACAUCGCCAAGUGGUAAUGAAACAAUGUUGCUGUCUGAAAGAUCAAUGGAUGGGUCAUCUGCAGGUUUCCAGAACUGGACAUUUAUGUCUGUACAAUCCUGGGGAGAGGACCCAACUGGUCUCUGGACACUUACCAUUAAGGAUGAGAAGAGCGGUAGUAAUUACGGUAAGGUGAAGGGCGUUGAGCUUAUCCUCCAUGGAACCAAGGAGAUGCCGGACCACAGGCGAAGGGCUGGUGGGCUUCGAAUAUACGAUACGGACUUUCUAAACACCCACACUGUCACAACAUCCAAACAUCAAGGGGUACCCGUGCACCACGCACCACACGUGAAAACACACUCGUUCCCUCGGCCCUAUCAGCCAUCAUUGCCGAAGUCGUUCCUUGGGCCAUACCAACCAGUACACCAGAGCUUUGGUACGCACCAGGGAAAAUACCAGAGCCUUCUGAAUAAAAUUCGGUUACUGAAUUGGAAGUUGGGAAUCUAAGCGUCAAUAAAAAUCUAUUUUCCAGUGA